ACAUUCCAAAACUGACUGCACAAGACUCCGAAGGCGUUCCAAAUCUCACCGCGAUCCAAGCAAGACCAAGAUCAAGAAGCUCAAUUCACAACCAGGCGUUUUUCUCAUAAUCCGCCCCCACAUUUUCUGGUCCUUCAGCAGCCGGAUUACAUCAAGAAAGAACAAUGCCAGUUACCAGAAGCGCAAAAUCAUACCCCGUGAAUACCCAAGAAUCUUCGUCCACUGCUCCAACCUGUUCGACGGGCACCGACACGAUCACGGGGACCGAAAAGACCGCUACAACUUCAGAACACACGCGCUCCACGUACGCCACACGUACAACCGGUGCAACUGUGGAAACCGACGCGACGAUCAGACAAAUCGACGCUGCGCCGACUGCCACCUCGCCAGUCUCCCAACUAGUAGAGAGACCCGAAGCCGGCGCCACUACAAGCGAAGCACCACGGAGAAUAUGCUCUCCUAAAUCUGUUCGAUCUUUUCGAUCCGGUUCUUCGAACAGUCGUCGUAAGAAGCUAGCGGAAGCGCAACAAGAAUUAUUGAAGCUGAAAAUCGAUUUAUUAUCUGCAAAGAUCGCGGCAAUGGAAGAGGAAUCGGACGAAGACGAUCCAGAGGAAGCCACGAUCCGCGAGGAACGCACAUCGGAGUGGAUUCGCACAAGCACUAUUGGGUUGAGAAGAGAAGAGCAGGAAGACUACACUGCCGCCACACGUACGAAGGAAGAUAUAUUGAAGGGAAGACCUGCCGAAUCACAGGCGCCGCCGCCGACGCGCGACGUCAUUCGACAGGAAAAAAUCUCCACGUACGCGGCACCUGCAACAGCUGGGACCAGGUGCCCCCCCACCAACUACGCGGGGGGAACGCCCCCCUCUACAUACGUCACGCACACAAGUGAGAGACAACAGCCGCAAUACUAUCGUAACAACGACGGCCACCUGGAACAUAAGCCGCCGAGCGACAUAUGUUACGAAAAGUUAGCAACGGCGAUCACUACUGCGGCACGAGCGAUUCAACCCACUACUGCAAGACUUCAAGAAUUACCCAUAUUCAACGGUUCGUCAAGCGACUGGCUGCCGUUCAAGACAGCCUAUGAGGAAUCUGCAGGACUGCUUACAGAACAAGAGAACCUGGCGAGGCUCCGGAGGAGCUUGAAAGGCACCGCUAGGGAAGCAGCUCAAUGUUUAUUCGUCGGAGCCACGUCCUCCAACGAAGUAAUGAGCUUACUGACAUCAAGGUUCGGUCGUUCGGACGCGCUCGCACUGGCCGAACUGAGUAAGCUACGCACCCUUCCACGUCUGGGCGAACAUCCGAGAGACAUCUGCAACUUCGCAUCGAAGAUCAUCAACGUCACGGCCACAUUGAAGGCGCUAAACAGACCGCAUUAUCUACACAAUGCCGAGAUAGUACGCGCCGUGGUUGAGAAGCUGCCUUCAGCAUUGCGCUAUCGAUACUAUGACUUUGCUGCGGAACAGCCAGAAUACCAACCUGACCUAGUAACACUGACCGAGUUCAUGCAACGCACAGCUGCACGUUGUGGGAGCUACGCGCCCGUCGAGAACACACCUGUGGAAGACCGGCGGGAGCCAGCAGGCAGGAGACCCAUGAAGAGCUACCACACUCAAAUAGCGAAGCCAGCCGAGCAUGAACAAGUUACUACGUGUCCUAUUUGUGACAAGACGGGUCAUCAUGCGGCGCAAUGCGACGAAAUGAAGACAGCAGAUGUAGCCGCCAGGUGGGACAUAGCACGCAAACACAGGCUAUGUUUCCGCUGUUUACGAACACGCAAAUUUCGCCAUACGUGUAAGAACAAGAGGUGCGGCAUCGACGGUUGCGAGUACAUGCAUCAUUCACUGCUGCAUGGCACUCCACCCUCAUCAAAGGAGAAGAAAGAAGCUCCUGCAUCAUUUGUUGUGGCAUCAGCAAAAGACAGAAGCAACACCACCGCGCUACUGAAGGUACUCCCUGUGCAAGUGAGGGGCCCCAAGGGUACGUGCAACGCACUCGCACUACUGGACGACGGGUCAACGUGCAGCCUGAUUGAGGCGGCGCUAGCAAGAAGGAUCGGCUCAGCGGGUACACCAGCACCCUUUUACAUUGAGGGUGUAGCCGGCACGCGAAUCAACGUUGGCGAAUCGCAACAAGUACGCAUUUCUCUGCGCGGGCGCGACACGAAUGAGCAUACAAUAACAGCCCGCACCAUGAACAACUUGAAGCUAUCGCCGCAAGCAGUGCCACGUAACGUCAUACGAGCUUGCCCCCACCUGCACGACUUAGAAGAGCAUCUCAUCUACGAAGAGGGAUCACCUACGAUACUGCUGGGUCAAGACAACUGGCAUCUUUUACUCACACAUGCCGUGCGACAAGGGGACCGACACCAACCGAUCGCAACACUCACCGAUUUAGGUUGGGUUCUACACGGCACUAAGAGAUCGAGUGAAAGAGUCAACACCCACAAAGUACUCCACGCUGUCGCCCCUGAUGAUGAAGAGUCCAUGGAGCAGAUGAUGAGGGAACACUUCAGCCUCGAGUCAUUGGCUGUCACACCGAGACGCAGCCACAACGACGACGAGCGACGAGCACUGCAACAACUAGAAGAUAAAACCCGCCGUUUACCGGCGGGAGGCUUUGAAACCGGUCUUCUAUGGCGUAACGAGCACGUUCAUCCACCUGACAGCUACGACGUGGCGUUAAGAAGAUUGGAACUAGUUGAAAAGAAACUCGACCGCGACGAGGUACUGAAAAAGAGAUACGAAAAACAGUUACAAACACUGUUCGACAACGACUACGCACUACGAUGUCCAUAUUUGAUCCAUUGGGCAUCGCCACUCCAGUCACCAUACAAGCGAAGCGCAUCAUACAAGACACGUGGCGCUCAGGCAUCGAUUGGGACACCCCGUUAGAAGCGCCCGAAGCGGACGCCUGGAGCAGAUGGCUGGAAGAUGUACGACGACUCGCCAAGAUAAAAGUACCGCGCUGCUAUAUGAAACUUAGUCACGCGCGCGGCAUCCAGUUACACACAUUCGUGGACGCAAGUUCAACGGCAUACGCGGCCGUCACCUAUUGGCGUGUAAAAGACGAAGAUGGCAACAUACACGUCUCACUCAUCAUCGGCAAGGGGAAAGUAGCUCCGUUGAAGGUGAUCUCCAUACCACGACUAGAGCUGCAAGCUGCCGUGCUGGGUUGCCGUCUUACACAGACCGUCGUCGACGAGCAUCAAUUUAAAC